AUGUUAUUCCUGCUGACAGCACUUCAAAUCCUGGCCAUAGCCAUGGUACACGGCCAAGAUGAUGAGAACAAGAUAAUUGGUGGGUAUCCGUGCAUCCAGAACUCCCAGCCAUGGCAGGCAGCCCUCCUGGCGGGCCCCUGGCGCCGCUUCCUCUGCGGGGCAGCCCUGCUGUCGGACCAGUGGGCCAUCACUGCUGCUCACUGCGCCAGGCCGAUGCUUCGAGUAGCGCUGGGCAAACACAACCUCAAGAGGUGGGAAGCCACGCAGCAGGUGUUGCGGGUGGUCCGCCAGGUGCCACAUCCCUGUUACAACGCGCGCACCCACGACAACGACCUGAUGCUGCUGCGCCUGGAGCAGCCCGUGCGCCUGGGGAGGGCCGUGAGGCCCAUUGCGGUGGCCCAGGCCUGUGCCAGGCCCGGGACCUCGUGCCACGUGUCCGGCUGGGGCACCACCUCCAGUCCCAUUGCCAGGUACCCCAAUACCCUGCAGUGUGUGAACAUCAACAUCUCCUCUGACCAGGAAUGUCGCCAGGCCUACGAUGGUGCCAUUACAGAGGGCAUGGUCUGUGCCGGGGUCCCUCAGGGCGGCAAGGACUCGUGCCAGGGUGACUCUGGGGGACCCUUGGUGUGCAGAGGUCAGCUCCAGGGCCUCGUGUCCUGGGGGAUGGAGCGCUGUGCCUUACCUGGUUACCCCGGGGUCUACACCAACCUGUGCCGAUACUACAACUGGAUCCAGGAAACCAUUCGGGGCAACUGA